CAUCCCCUCAUCCCUCCCACCCAAAACAACCCAUCAAAUUUUUUAUCCUGGUCGUUUUCUUGCUUGUCAUCUGCAUUUCAGAACCUUAUUGGGUAAGUGGUAAAAAGAGAGCACAGCUUACCAGUCCUUUUUUACCUUAACCCCCAUCACAAGUCGAAGUCUCGUUGAUUUUUUUUUCACCCCAAGGCCCAAACCUUCCAAAGUCCUUCAAUCUCCUCUUUUUUUUCUUGUGUUGCCUGGCAUCUCACAAGAAGGAAAGCGAGUAGAAGAGAAAGUAAACAUCCAGGUUCUCCCGGAUGUCUCUUUUUCGAUACAUUGCUCACCUACCAUACGCAAUCUUCAAUCCAACCAUGUUCGGUCGUUUGUUAGGUCGUACCACUUCCCCUCCAAGGGCUCUUGGAGCUCCUCUCUCUCCCACAACUACUACUACCUCCGUUGGAGAGGAUUCACAAACAAGUGCAGAGCGAGAUGCUAGGGAUAGGGAAAUCGUUGAACAAGCUGUCGAAGAAGCUGUCAAGAAAGCUUUGAACUCAGAAGCGUUCACCGCUGCCAUUGCUGCUUCUUUGGUCUCGCAGAUCAAACCUACCUUCGAAUCAUCCAUCAGCUCCAUUCCUACUGCCAUUCAAAAUGUUUCCCUCAAUGUUGAUGCUGUCGACGCAAAACUCACUUCGACAACUACCGACCUCACUCAACGAAUCGAAGCCACGAAGACCGAGACGGCAAACAAGCUAGCUGCCAUCGAGGAAGCCAUUGCUAAGAUUACUUCUUCAUUGGACGGAUUGUCUGGAAAAUCUUCUUCUCCUCAAGAUACAUCGGUUUUGGAAUCACACACUACAAAGUUGGAUGGAAUUGCUACCGACGUUGCCGCUCUCAAGAACACUACACACGAGGAAGCAUUCAACACAAUCACAUCCGACCUUGCCAUCAUCAAGAGUGAUAUUGCCACGAUCAAGGAAUCCGACUCAAGUGCUACAUCCAAGGAUAUCCUCUCCGCUGUUAACUCGUCCAAUGAAUCUCAUGCUUCCCACGCUGCUGUCUUGAAUGAAAUCAAAUCCGCCUCUGAAGGACAUGCUUCAGCUCUUGGCGAGAUCAAAUCUACUCCUGCUUCUACCCCAACUGAUGUUUCUGAUCUUGAGGCUUCUAUCAAGGAUAUUGCUGCUUCUAUCGAGGGGAUUAAAUCUGCACCUGCCCCUGCUACUGUCGAUAUUUCUGGUCUUGAAUCAUCUGUUAAGGAUAUUCUUUCUACUUUGGGUGAAGUUAAGGACACUGUCUCGACUCCAGCCGCCGCCGUCGAGAAAACUGAUAUUUCUGGCCUCGAAUCAUCUGUCAAGGAAAUUCUCUCUACCUUGGGUGAAGUCAAGGAGACCGUUUCUACUCCAGCUGCUACCGUUGAGAAAACCGACAUUUCCGGAUUGGAGGCUUCAGUUAAGGAAAUUUCUGCUACCGUCAAUGAAAUCAAGUCUACUCCAACUCCAGCUCAUGAAACUGUCGAUCUUUCUCCAAUUGAUGCUCAACUUAAAGAAGUUGCUUCUGCUGUUGCCGCUAUUAAGGAAUCUACUUCUACACCACCGGUUACUCCAGAAUCAAUUGACAUUUCUGGAUUGGAAUCUUCUGUGAAGGAAAUAAUUGCUACUCUCCAGGAUAUUAAGACUUCUACCAGCACCUCUUCUAAGGAAGUUGAUUUCUCUCCUAUUACCUCCACUCUUGAAUCCCACAAGAGCACGCUUGAUGAGAUUAAGGCUUCCGCUCCUGCACCAGUUGACCUUUCAGCUCUUGAAUCCUCCAUUGCUGAAAUUAAGGCAGCUCUCGAAUCCCACUCAGGUACUCUUAACGAAAUUAAAUCAGUUCCAGCACCAGAAAAGACUGACCUUUCCACCAUCGAGAACUCUGUUAAUGAGAUCAAGACAAUUGUUGAGGAAAUUAAGGCCAAGGAAGCACCAGCCGCUGAGAAGGUCGAUUUGAGCAAUGUCGAAUCAUCCAUUGAAUCAAUCAAGGCAGGCAUCGAAGAGAUCAAGACUAAGGAGGUACCAGCUGCUGAAAAGGUCGAUUUGAGCAAUGUCGAAUCAUCCAUUGAAUCAAUCAAGGCAGGCAUCGAAGAGAUCAAGACUAAGGAGGUACCAGCUGCUGAAAAGGUCGAUUUGAGCCAUAUUGAAUCAUCUGUUGAGUCGAUCAAGGCAAGCGUUGAAGAAAUCAAGACCAAGGAAACACCAGCUGCUGAAAAGGUCGAUUUGAGCCAUAUUGAAUCAUCUGUUGAGUCGAUCAAGGCAAGCGUUGAAGAAAUCAAGACCAAGGAAACACCAGCUGCCGAAAAGGUUGAUUUGAGUAAUGUGGAGGCUUCUAUUGAAUCCAUCAAGACAACGGUGGAGGAAAUCAAGUCUAAGGAGGUACCAACCGCGGAGAAAGUCGAUUUGAGUAAUGUCGAAGCUUCCAUUGAGUCCAUCAAGGCAAGCAUUGAAGAAAUCAAGACCAAGGAAGCACCAAUUUCUGAAAAGGUUGAUUUGAGCUCUAUCGAAGCAUCAAUUGCUUCAGUUAAGAGCACUGUUGAUGAAAUUAAGGCCAAGGAAUCACCAAUUUCAGAACCUGUUGAUCUAAGCAAGAUCGAAUCUUCCAUCGAAUCUGUCAAGGCAAUUGUUGAGGAAAUCAAGGCUAAGGAGGUACCAACUUCCGAAAAGGUUGAUUUAAGUGUAAUUGAGGCAUCUAUUGCUUCAGUCAAGCACACUGUUGAUGAGAUCAAAGCUACUCCAGCUCCAGAACAACACGCUGUUGACCUUUCCAACAUUGAAUCCUCAAUCGCAGCUGUUAAGGCUACUGUCGAUGAGAUCAAGGCAACCCCUGCCCCAGCUCAUGAAGCUACUGACCUUUCAAACAUUGAAUCAUCUCUCGCUGCCUUGAAGUCCACCGUUGAUGAGAUUAAGGCCGCUCCAGCUCCAGAACAAAAGACUAUUGACCUUUCCAAUAUUGAGUCUUCCAUCGCAGCUGUCAAGGCUACCGUUGAUGAAAUUAAGGCUACUCCAGCUCCAACUCAUGAAUCAACUGACCUAUCAAACAUUGAAUCAUCUAUUGCUGCAAUUAAAGCAUCCGUUGAUGAAAUCAAGGCUGUUCCAGCACCAGAGAAGACUGAUCUCAGUUCAAUUGAAUCAUCCAUUUCUGAGAUUAAGGCAGCUAUUGAAGAAGUCAAGGCAUCACCUGCACCAGAAAAGGUUGAUUUAUCUAACAUUGAAUCUUCCAUUGCCUCCGUCAAGGUCACCCUUGACGAGAUUAAGGCUGCUCCAACACCAGAAAAGGUUGAUCUAUCCAACAUCGAAUCUUCCAUCGCCUCCGUCAAGACUACCGUUGAUGAAAUCAAAUCCACCCCAACCUCAUCCUUCAAGGAAACUGACAUCACCGGUCUUGAAUCAUCCGUUAAGGAAAUCAUCUCAAGCAUCUCUGCUCAAGAUGGUGUUUUGACUGAGAUUAAGACUACAACUGAGAAAUUUGACACCAAGGAAGUUUUAACCAAGGUUGAAUUAAUUACUCAAGAGGGUGUCUUCUUGAAUGAGAAAGGACUUGGUCAAAUCAAGGAAAAUGUUAAGACUAUUGAAUUAAAAUCACUAGCAUCACCAACGACACCAACAUCUCCAACAUCCCCAACAUCACCAUCGUCACCAUCAUCACCAUCAAAAUCUAGUAUUAAAAAGAAGAAGAAGAAGGCAGCAGCAGCAGCAGCAGCCGCAUCUGGAAGUCACACUCCUGAAGCUAAGUCUGAAGCUGAAACCGAAACUCCAGCUUAAUGUUCCUUUCUUAUUGAAGGACCAAUGAGAUGAAUCUUUAUAGGCAUGAAGGAUAAUGAAUUGGUGGUGGAUUAGGUUGAUGGAUGUGAUUGACUUUUACGAAGCUGGACAUUUGACAAUGAUGGAGGAGCUAAUAAUGAUGAUGGUUUUGGGGGAAUAGUCUUCUAACAUGUCAAAUGGGUACCUCAAGUUUUAUAUAAAUGUCAUGCAUCUCUUUUAAGCAAUUACUCUUUGUACUUUGCUUUUUACUUUUGCUUUAGCUUUGGUUUGUAUUUCAAGCAAGCAUUAUACCCUCAUCUUGUUUUUAGUGAGAAAACGCAUAUACAUUUUUGAACAUGUUGUAUGUAAUAUUCGAGAUCUGAAAUGAAAGUGGGGUUUAUGAUUUAUGAUGAUGGUGAAGGAGGGGUAGUAGUAGUAAAGGAAGAAAUGAAAAUGAGAUAUUU